GAUAAACUUAUGAGAAAAUGUGGGUGUGUAUGAAUGCGUGGAUGUUUAUGUGCAUCUUCGGGGACUGUUUGCGGCGUCAGAGUAAAGUUCUUACGAAGCUUCAGGUGUUGUGAUAUGCUGUACCGUUUGUCAUGAACUGCGACAACCACAGCUGAGCACUAUGGCUAAACUGGAGUGGAGGAGAAUAAUUCACUGGGGUCCACUGACUGCUUUAGGAAUUGUCAAAAUCAUUACUUUCAUGAUGGUACACUGCUGCAGUAUGUGGUGGCCACCAGCAGAGUCCAUUAGUGGCUUUAUUAACUUGGCAGUUUUCAUGCUAUUUAGUGGAUUGACAAUAUGUAAUUUCCUAAAUGCCAUUUUUGAUGGCCCAGGAUACCUACCACCAAACUGGCAACCAGAGAAUCCAGACGAUUCGGAAUACCUGCAGUUCUGUAAUGUGUGUCAUGGUUAUAAAGCUCCAAGAUCUCACCAUUGUGGGAAAUGUGGUCACUGUGUGAUGAAGAUGGAUCAUCACUGUCCAUGGAUCAACAAUUGUGUGGGACAUCGUAACCAUGGGUAUUUUACUGCCUUUUUAUUUUUUGCUGUAUGUGGCUGCUUGCAAGCAAGCAUUGAGCUGACAUGCUGUUUGUACAGAGCACUUAAUCGGGUUUGGUAUCUAUACUAUGGUAAUGGCACAGAACCAAUUGUUUACCUUGGAACAUCAAUGUUGGUACUGUGUGUAUUGGCCCUUGGACUUGCAAUUGGGGUUGUUUUGGCUGUCGGAAUGCUGCUUUACUUCCAGCUCCGUGCAGUAUUCAGAAAUCGGACUGCCAUUGAAGAUUGGAUAAUGGAGAAAGCAAAACAUCGUCGUAAGGGCACAGAUGAAAUUUUCAUUUUCCCGUAUAACUUGGGAUGGAAACAUAAUUUUAGACAGGUGAUAAAUUGGUCGCUGGUUCCUGCCGGUGAUGGUGUCUUCUGGCCUGUAGCAGAUGGGUGCAAUCAGUUCACUCUGACUAUGGAGCAAAAAGAACAAAAGGCUGAAAAACGCAGUCAGUCUCGAACAUACAUAGUUAGAGACAGUUACUGUGGUUCGUGGGUUCCUGUAUCCAAAGGGUGGCGCAUAUUACUUUAUGCACCUUGUACAGAUGAACAUCGUCUUCCUCUUGAUCAAGGCGAUGUUGUAUUAGUUACAAGAUGGAGAAGAUACUGGCUGUUUGGUGAAAAACAGAAAGGGGCCAAGGUAGUUGGACAUCGAGGAUGGUUCCCCCGCUGUUGUGUUGUAGAAUUGGCUGAAGCAAUACCAAAUGAUUUUGAUAAGAAUAAAUAAGUAACCCAUUCCAGAAAAUGUAUCAUACUUUUAAAGCAUUGAUAAUAUCAUUGUGAGGUACUAUGUCUUCCCCCCCCCCCCCCCCCCCCACGUUUUUCCUCUGCCUUUUCUCUCUCUCUCUCUCCAUAUUUAUUUUUCCCUCUUCCUUCCUCUUCUGCCCCUUCACCACUCUCGUUCUCACUUUGUUAUGUGGCAUCCUUGUAUCAGUGGAGAGCUCCUGAAUUAACAAUAAAUGAAGAUUUCAUAGUAAUUUUGUUUCAGCUGUCUUUGGUGGUUGAAACAAACACCUUGAAACUCAAAAUGAAAACCAUAUGUUGUAACAAAUAAUAAUAAUAAAUAGACAGUGCUGAUUUGAAACUAUUGAUUUUUCCCUACAUCUUUUUUGUUCCUUAUUAUUGUGGUCCUGUCUUCCAGUUCACAUUGCUUACCUGUCCUCCUUGUUCGCUCUCAUCUUUUUUUGCUUUUCUUUUUCUCCGUAUAAUCUUAUUUUUGCACUAUCUGCAUCUCCUUUCCCCUGGAGUUAUUGAUCUGUCUGUUGCCCUGAACUUCUGAACAUAAGUUCUCCUUGUCCCUCCAUUUACGCAAUUUCAUUAUAUCUUAUUAUUUUGCCGAAUAUCUAGUGUUAGCUGCUUGAGGUUCAAAUUGUGUAUUCCUUCUUGCUCUCAAUUCAGCUCUUUGUCUUUUUUCAAGCCAAAGUCCUAUCAACUUUUUUCAUACCUCUGGUUCCUUUUUUACAUUGCCUUUACACAUGCCUUAAAAGGUACAAAAACUUGCAAUUACAGUAAGUACCGCCAUUUAUUUAUUGGUUGCCACAAGUCAUAUAACAUUUUGACUGAUAAAAGUACCAGUGGGUAUUGUGCAUCGCUUCCAUUUCCACAGAUAAUAACAAUGUUAAGAGAGAUCUUUCUAUUUGACUGAUAGAAAAGUGAUUUCCUAGACAUCUUAUUGUUUGUGAAUUGAUCUCAACCUUAAAUGUUUUUGUUAUUGUAUAUGUUUUUAUACAUUUCAUGGACCAGAUUUGUUAUAUUAUAAUGUUUUUAUUACAUAGUUAUGAAUAUGUAUUAACAAAUUAGUAAUUGUUGUUUAAAAGCACAGUGUUUCAGUUGUUCAACAUUUUUCAUGUCUUUCACAUAUGACAUGCUUUUGCAUGUGGUGACUUUUUGUUGUGAAUUGUGUGCACAUGUUAAUAAUGAUAUUUUUAUUCAUUGUGUAAACUGGGGGGUACCCUUUAGUUUGCAGUGCUGGUAAUCAGUUAAGAAACAUAUGGUGUAUGCUGCAGCCUUUAGAUAUCUAUGUGCGUUUGUUUUAGAUGUAUAUAUGAAUUUAUCCUUGCAGUUUUAAUUAUUUGAUACUGCUUAUUUGAUGCAUUCAGUGCAGUUAAUUGAAAUUGUUCCGAAAGGACUGAUUCCAUUGUACAUUGUCCUAUGAAUUAUCACAGAUUCAUUUUUAUAUGUCUUUAGAAAGUUUGUAAAUUGCUUUUUUUCACAAAAAGGCUUUAGCGUAAUUAUCCCUUAACCUCAAUAAAAUUAUUGGAGACUGAACAUAUCACUAAAUUUGCAAACAGAACUAGCAGACACAUCUUGUUUUUAUAAAAAGAGGUGAGCAUUGCAGCCAAAUUUGAAUACUUUCUGAUUUUUAAAACAAUUUCUAUGCGAAUAACAGGAAUUAUAUUUAUAUUUCUACUAGCUGUUUUAAUGUAAGGGAUAGUUGCUUCACUAGAAAAUGAAGAAGUGUGAAUUUUCAUCAUCUACCAGAAUGGCACUUUAUUGCUGUUUUAUUAUUCAUUCCUACAGUUUAAAAGAAAUCAGUUUUUCCUGUGGCUACAUCAUCAGGUACAGAAGUGCACACUGCUACGUGCAUGCACACACACUUAAUGUAUUCCAUAAAUGACUAAAUGAAUGUUAAUGCUUUUGCUUUACUUUUGAUUUAUUGCUCUCAUGGUAACCAAAGAACUUUAGUUUCUUAUAUGUGCCAUACUUUAAACUAAUGCAGGGGAGAAGCAACGUAAUAUCACACGUGCCUGUAGCUCUGUGCCUUGUACAAUUUUUAGAUAUGAAAAAAAUCUCCCAUCACAUUAGACAUGACAGCUAUUUAUUGUGAAAAAUUGAUUUCUUGUCCUGAAAAAUCAUCUAUUCAUUUAGUAUAUAAGAUGUUAGUUGGUGUACUAUUUUAAUACAUUUUUUCUUCAAAGUGAAAAUACAAAAUACAGUUUAGUGCUUACUGUACCUGUACUUACAUGUUAUAGCAGAAUUGUAGACAUCAAAAAAAUUCUUUUAUUGUUAGAGAUCCAAUGAACAUUUUUAUAAUGUUUAAGAUUGUGAUAUAAAAUAAAAUCCAACCUGUUAAAAAUAAAUAUUUUGUUAUUUUAAAAG